AUUUCUGAAGAGGGCGUGAAGAGCGUGCAGGCAGCGUGGGCCUGUGCCAUCAAGAGCAUCUCCAAGACCUACUUGGACGGAGGAGACUAUGUCGCAGCUGCUGCCAAAGCAGCUGGCGAGCUCUACGGCUAUGGCAACACGGACGUGCUCUUCAAGCCCACUAAGGCAGCCGAAGCGCCGUUUCGCCCGACAGCGGCAGAUGCCAUGUCCUACUUUGUUGGGCACAAGGCGGUCAGGAACGGCUACGCUGAGGAUAUUGACAUCACUGGCGAUGUUGCCAUUGCCAUGGGUACCUACUUCUUCACCAAUGCUACAGAUGGCAGCAAGGCCAAAGUGGAGUACACGUUUGGCUACAAGAGGAACGCCGACGGCAAGCUGCGCAUCUGUCUCCACCACUCGUCAGUGCCUUUUAGUCUGCCUCCCAGCUCUCAGCUUCCAGAGCAGGAAGCGAAGAAUGCACAGGCAGCAUGGGCAAAUGCCACGAUUCAUGGCAAAUACGAUGGAACCGUUGAGGUGGAUGGCGACUCCCUGGUCAUCGAUGGCCAGAAGGUGGCCUUGUCUCACACCCGCGACCCUGCUGAGAUCCCCUUCGGCGAGCACGGAGACUACGUCGCGGCGGCGGCCGAAGCAGCGGGUGAGCUUUACGGCUAUGGCCACACAGACGUGCUCUUCAAACCAACCAAGGCAGCCGAAGCACCGUUUCGACCAACUGCCGCAGAGGCCAUGUCCUAUUUUGUUGGGCAUGAAGCAGUAGAGAAGGGCUAUGCUGAGGAUGCUGGCUUUGCCAUCAACGGCGGCAAGGGAUGGUCGGACGUGGUCUUCCAGAACCACCAGAUUGAUAUUAGUUCUAAGGUUGCCGUUGCCAUGGGCGCCUACUACUUCACCAGCGCUGCAGUGCGUAUCUUCCUGCACCACUCCUCAGUGCCGUACAGUCUGCCUUCCGCCGCUCCAACUGCAAAGAUCUCCGACCAAGAAGUGAAGAGCGUGCAGGCAGCAUGGGCAAACGCCAUCAAGAGUAUCUCCAAGACCUACCUGGAUGGAGGAGACUACGUUGCAUCUGCUGCCAAAGCAGCUGGUGAGCUCUACGGCUAUGGCCACACGAACGUGCUGUUCAAACCAACCAAAGCAGCCGAAGCGCCAUUUCGACCGACGGCAGCAGAUGCCAUGUCCUACUUUGUUGGGCACAAAGCGAACCACAAAAUCGAUGUCAGUGGCGAUGUUGCCGUAGCCAUGGGCACCUACUACUUCACCAGCGCUGCGGAUAGAAGCAAGACCAAAGUGGAGUACACUUUCGGCUACAAGAGGAACGCCGACGGCAAGCUGCGCAUUUGCCUCCACCACUCCUCAGAGGAUCGCGUAGAUUUCAAAGCUCGUGCAGGUACCAAGCGGCAAGCUUAUCCUGUGCUUCCGCACUGUGUUCCCAAGGCCACUGUUCGCGAGUGUAGGUGGGCACUCAUGUGCAGGGCAUCCCGCCUCGGGGAUCUCACGCUGAAGUUCUUCACCGUUUGUGUCGGCGUCUCGGCCACGUUUCGUGAAACUUGGGCGAAGAGGAGCCUCGAGGCCAGGGCGGCGCUCCGAGGAGGGCAAGGAUACGGUGCUAUACUUUACCAAACGAUCGUAGGUGCAGAGCAGCUUUGCCACUCGCUGGCCAUGCGGCAGGCAGCCACCCCGGGCCACCUGUACUGUAAGAGCUGUGUUCAGGUUAGAGCAAUGCAGAAGUAUUACGUCAAGCAGGCGGAUGGGACGAUUACGUGCCACUUCGGCACUGUGCCCGGAGCUGGCGCACCUCCCGCGGCUGUGCCCGUAGCCUUGGCAGCCGUGCCGCGCGCCUCCGUUGCCGCAGAUGUGAAGAAAGCACAGGCAGCGUGGGCCAGCGCCAUCAAGAAUGCCAUGUCCUACUUCGUUGGGCACAGCGCGGUCAAGGUGGACGUUAGUGGCGAUGUUGCCGUUGCGAUGGGCAACUACUUUUUCACUAGUGCUGCAGAUGGAAGCAAGACCAAAGUUGAGUACACGUUCGGCUACAAGAAGAACGCCGACGGCAAGGAAGAGGUGAAGAAUGCACAGGCAGCGUGGGCAAAUGCCAUCAAGAGUAUCUCCAAGACCUAUCUUGAUGGAGGAGACUACAAAGCAGCCGCUGGCAAAGCAGCGGGUGAGCUUUAUGGCUAUGGCCACUCGGACGUGCUCUUCAAACCAACGAAG